CGCCCCCAGGCGCGCCGCCGUCCCGGUGACGUCACAGCGGAGUUGCCAUGGCGGUAGUGAGCGGCCUGGCGUCGGCGCUGGAGUCGUACAGGGGUCGCGACCGCCUGAUCCGGACGCUGGGGUACUGCUGCCAGCUGGUUGGCGGGGUCCUGCUUGAACGAUGUCCGGCCAGGUCGGAAGUGGGGACGCGCCUGCUGGCGGUGUCGGCCCAGCUGAGCCACUGCAGGACUGUCCUGCGACUCUUUGAUGACCUGGCCAUGUUUCUUUACACAAAGCAGUACGGCCUGGGGACCGAGGAGGAGGACGCCUUUGUCCGAGGGGUGUCAGUGCUGGGCAACAUUGCUGACCAGUUCUACUACCCGUGUGAGCACCUUGCCUGGGCCGCCGACGCCAAGGUCCUGCACGUGGACUCUGCCCGGUGGUGGACGCUGAGCACGGCUCUCUGGGGCCUCUCCCUGCUCCUGGGGGUGGCCAGGCUUGCCGCAGUCCUGCCUCAGCCUCCUGAAUGCGGGAUGACAGGUGUGAGCCACCAUGCCUGGCUUCCUUCCUCUACCUUCAGAGCCGGCAGUGAGCGCAGUGUCUGCCAGUGUCUGACUCUGAAGCUCCUGCCUCCCUCUUAUGAGGACCCUUGGUGACACGGGCCCCAGAAGACCCAUGUUCACCUCCCGUCUCAGUGUCCUUCACUUUGUGCCCUGGAUACACGGGGGACACUGUAGGUCCCGGGAGGGGUUAGGAUGUUGACAUCUCAGGGAGGGACCGUGAUUCUGCCCAGCAGACCCAAGGGGACUAACUCCAGGGCCCGGAGGGAAGCAGCCAGGGUGGCGGCCUUGCCUGGGGGUCCCUGGGCGCCUGCUUGCCUUGUCAGCAGAGCACCCAGAGAAAGCGGCCAGCUGCUUCCUGACUGCUUCCGUGCUUCCCCAAGUGAGUUUCUACAACUUCCCAACAGCGGUUUCCUCCCCAGUGUCUUCCGCUUUGCAAAUCUGCUGAGUUGUCUUGUUCAGAAGCCCCUGCCCUGAGCCAUGCCAGGUAAUCCCAGCACUCUGGGAGGCUGAGGCAGGAGGUUUGCAAAUUUGAGCUCCGCCUGGGGAAUUUAAUGACUU